UCAGUACUGUGGUUCAGUACUUCACUUCAUCAUCUCCUCUUCUCUCCCAUUUCCGUUUUGCUCCGGCUAGUGCUCUGGGUCUGGGCCCUCGCCUUGCUUCUCGUGUCACCGCCGGCCGGCUGGUGUUGCGCUCUGAGCCAACCAGGCCCCGAAUCAGAUCUUGGCUUAGGUUUCUUCUUCUUCUUCUUCUUCUUCUUCUUCCAAAGGCGCUUCCUUUUCGUGGCUUUCGCCGAGGAGAGGGGGUGGGUCGGGGAGGAGGGUUUUGGUGUUCUUGGUAGGGAGGAAUCUUGGCAUUUGGCAAGGGAGAAUCCUUGUUUUGUUUCCAUAUCUGUUUCUUGCUUGGUGGGUCGGUGGGUGGCGCGGCGGGCGGCGCAGCUCCGGCCAUGGAGGCAAUCACGCUGUCUCCAUCCUCCGUCUCCUCCCACCACCUUGACGUUGAUGCUGCCUCCACCAGCGAGGGCAUGUCCCUGCAAGAAGGCCUCCUCUUCUCGGACAGCCUCAAGGACCUGAGGAAUCUGCGUUCACAGCUAUACUCAGCGGCGGAAUAUUUUGAAGUAUUUUACAGAAACAAUUCUCAGAAAUCUACGGUGAUGACAAGUUUGAAAGAUUACACAGUUGAGGCCCUUGUUAGCACUGUAGACCAUCUGGGCUUUGUGUCAUACAAGGUGGAUAAUCUUGUCAAAGAAAGAUCCGAUGAGGUUAACGAAACAGAAUUUCGAGUAUCCUCAGUUGAGCAGAGAGUAAGGAUAUGCCAACAGUCGAUUGACCAGGAGGGAAGGUCUCAACAAUCUCUUCUCAUUAGAACACCAAAAUACCACAGGCGUUACAUAUUACCAGGCGCUGAUAUAGUAGAACCAGCCAUUCAUCCAGUUUCAGAACCUCCACGGUAUAGCAGGCAACAUAUGAGCCGUAAAAUGCACAAGUCACAGUCUAUCUCUACGCCAACCGGCAGGCAAUCUGCAAGGAGGAGUGUGCGUUCGCCAUCUCCUUCUGCUCGUGGCACACAUCAUCGAUCACGGUCCUUGUCCCCUUCUCGAAAAACACGAGCUAAAUCCCCAUCUCCCCAAAUCAUCCCCACACAUACAAAAGAAACAAGAGCAGGUUCACCAAUACCAAAUUCCAAUCCCCUUGCACGAUCUGCUACAGUUGCAAGAAGGCCACCUAUUAAUCCAAAGCAUUUUAGACAAACUUCAAUGCAGUUACACUCUGAAUGGAGCAACCACAGAGAGCAGGAGAAAAGCUCAAGCAAAGGCAGGGGGUUCCUCAAAUCAUUGCUCACAAGGCGUCGGUGGAGGAACGAUGAGUCAUUGUACAGCUACUUGGACGAGUACUGAUUACUUAGAUGUUACUGUUAACCCAUUCUCACCUGUUCACUUAUCUGAUAUUUGAGAUUUUAGCUUUGUCCAGAUGGGAGGCAUUAUUGCCUUCCAUCAUAUUUUGCUAUCAUUUUCAUGCGUGUAUACAAUGUUGGGCCUAUCAUCAUCAGUGUUGCUCUUGGCAUUGCGCAAGUGUAUCCAUCAGCAACUAAUAAGCUGUUCACUGUUCAGAUAAGCUUCCCCAAUUCCAUAUUCAGCACUCAUAUGUUCUCCAUUUCUCCUGAUACAAAAGAUGCAAUCACAAGCAGAAUAGUGACAAUCUCGCAAGAGAUCAAUCGUAAACCAUUGUAUGCCCUCUCUUGUCUCAUACAGUGGUCCACUGAUGUUUUUUCUUCCCUUGUGACUGUUGUCAAUCUUGUCAUACAUGGAGCUGCUUGGCGGUUUCUGUUGAGGGGCCCUUGAGAGCUGUGGUUGCAAUUGCUAGGAGCUAGUGCUGGGAAAUGGGAGAAGACAAAUAUGACCGUGGAUUUUCGUCAUAAUGUGUUUG